CAAAACGCUGUCGUUUUCAAUAACUGAUACAAUUCCACAGCCUUUUACAUUUUUCUCCGAUCGAUUAUCAAUCCUAGGGUUCCGACGGUCCAUUCUUCCCCCAAAUCCACUUCUUCUUCUCCGGCCAUAACACUGAACUCUGAAGACGAUGAAGGACGGAAAAAUAUUGGGGGUGAAGGAUGCAGUUCACAAGCUUCAACUCUCUCUCCUCGAAGGAAUCAAACACGAGAGCCAGCUAAUCGCUGCCGGUUCCUUAAUAUCUCAGAGCGAUUACCAGGACGUAGUGACCGAGCGCACAAUAGCCCACGUAUGCGGUUACCCUCUCUGUGUCAACUCGUUACCUUCCGAGCCACCUCGGAAGGGCCACUAUCGUAUCUCACUCAAGGAGCACAAAGUAUACGACCUUCACGAAACGCAUAUGUACUGCUCGACUGAAUGUUUGAUACGCAGCCGAGCAUUCGGCGCGAGUUUGGAGGAGGAGAGAUCUUCGUCUCUUGAUCCUGCGAAAAUUAAUUCGGUUUUGAAGAUGUUUGAUGGGUUGAGUUUGGAUUCCGUUAUGGGUUUGGACAAGAGUGGUGAUUUGGGUUUGUCCGGGUUGAAGAUUCGGGAGAAAAUGGUUACGGGGAGCGGGGAAAUGUCGUUGGAGGAGUGGGUUGGUCCGUCGAAUGCGAUCGACGGCUAUGUGCCCCGGAGAGAUCAGAAUUCGGAAAGGAAACAACCGAGUAGGAAGAAAACAGAAUCCAAUCACGCUAAGCCGAAUUUAGCGGACACUUUGCCGUUUGACGUUAAUUUCACGAGCACGAUUAUUAUGCAAGACGAGUAUAGCGUUUCAAAGACUGCUGUUCCGAGAGAAGCAAAAGGAAAAGUAAAAGGAAAAAUGAUUAGGAAAAGUGUUAAGGCAGAGAAGAUUAGUGUAUUAGAUGAUACGGCUGGUCCUAGCCAAAACGACACUACGUUACUUAAGUCAUCUUUAAAGACUUUAGAUUCGAAGAAAGAAACCCGUUCGGUUACUUGGGCUGACGAGAAAAGUGAUGGUGAUGGAAAAAGUAUUUCAGAGUGCAGAGAAAUCGGAGAUAAUAAAGGAGCUGUGGUGAUGCCUCAUUUGACAGAUGAGGAUGUGGGCGACGAGUCGUAUAGAUUUACGUCCGCUGAAGCGUGUGCGAGGGCAUUAAGCCAAGCUUCUGAAGCUGUUGCAUCGGGAAAAACCGAUGCAUCCGAUGCUGUAUCUGAAGCAGGUGUGAUAAUAUUGCCUCCACCUCAUGAAGUAGAUGAAGCUAAAUAUGAACAGAUCGGUGAGGUUGUAGAUGUAGACCCUAUUGAAUUAAAAUGGCCUCCAAAACCGGGCUUUUCAAGUGAAGAUCUCUUCGAUUCUGAGGAUUCUUGGUACGACAGUCCACCAGAAGGGUUUAACUUAACCCUGUCGCCUUUCUCGACAAUGUUUAUGUCACUCUUUGCCUGGAUAUCGUCAUCAUCUUUAGCUUAUAUAUAUGGCAAGGAAGAAAGAUUUCACGAGGAUUAUUUGUCGAUCAAUGGGAGGGAGUACCCACCCAAGAUUAUUAUAGAUGGUCGAUCCGCCGAAGUCAAGCAUACCCUAGCUGGCUGCCUAGCUCGGGCUUUGCCUGGACUUGUUUCCGAAAUAAGGAUUCCGACACCGGUAUCAACUAUCGAGCAAGGAAUGGGACGCUUACUAGACACAAUGUCUUUUACGGAUGCACUUCCUGGAUUCAGAAUGAAACAGUGGCAAGUUAUUGCCCUUUUGUUUCUCGAUGCUCUUUCCGUUAGUAGAAUUCCCGCCCUCUCACCAUACAUGACGGGUCGAAGAAUUCUGCUUCCCAAGGUCCUUGAAGGUGCACAGAUUAAUGUCGAAGAAUUUGAGAUAAUGAAGGAUCUGAUUAUUCCACUUGGCCGAGUUCCUCAAUUCUCUACUCAGAGUGGAGGCUAAACAACCGACAAACAUACUCUCGAUGCUCUAUGAUGUUCAACGGAUUGAGUUUAUUACGCCAUUAGGACUUGCAUUGUAAAUCUGCGCUGAAAUUGAAUGAAAUGCAGACAUUUUGCACUCGUUAGCUUUUUCUUCGUUUUCUCUGUGCAUUUCCUAGUCCUCUGAGGUUGGUAAUAUUAGUAUAAUUUGAUGAAAAAAGGCAAAUUUUGUUGGUAAUAAUUGUAUUAUGUCUAUAAUGUUAUUUUGUAGUCACUGUUUGGUCAUCACUUAUAGCUGAAAAUACUCUAUUUUGCUUCUACUGUUAGCCAAUGAAUGCAAGCUACCCUUGUUUUCUUUGUCAUUUUGAUAUUUGAUAGUUUAGAUUGGAAAUA